GACGAUGCUUUAAUCUCAAAAUGCUUCUUUCUUGAAACCUCUGCUCAUCAAGCAUCAAAAAAUCUGGACUCGUUAAUCGUUUUCUGUAUUGUUCUGCACGCUUUGUCUUUUAUUCCGGCGGCAAUUGGCAAUGGAAUCAUCUCGUUAACGACGUGCAAAAGUCCUUCACUUCAAACACCUUCCUUUGUCCUUCUGGGCUGUACGGCGUUUGCUGACGCACUCACAGGAUUCAUUGCUCAGCCGAUAGCAAUGGCAUCUUUCGUGGUCAAACUUCGAAGGCAAUUUCCUUCUGCCUGUUACCUUGAUGCUGUUAAAGAGUGCUUAGGGUGGCUCCUAGGAGGUAUUUCCUUGAGUAUCCUAGCUUUACUGAGUAUUGAACGCUAUCUUAUCCUACAAUUGGGGCUCCCGCGCUAUUGUGCUGUUGUCAAUGUCAGACGUGUGUUAGUGGUAGUCGCCAUGUUCAGCGUUUCAUUGAUCAUUCUGGAAGUACUUCGCUUUCAUGUUCUUAGCAACAAGAGUUACGUUGUUAUUCAUCUGCCGUUUAUGUUUUUAGGUCUUCUUAUACUCACUCUGAGCUACUUAAGAAUACAUCGUCAUAUAAGGCGACGAACAUUGAUAAUCGAACCAAAGCCAUCGCAACAGCUACAAGAAAUGAACUCUUUUGACAUUAAAAAGUACGAGAGGGUAACAUCUGCCGUACUCUUCAUCGUGUGUUUUUACUGGCUAUUUUUCGCCCCUUUUGUGUGCGUUCUCGUUGCUUACUUGAUAUUAGGUUUCACUGAGCGUAUAGAGGGCGCUUAUUACAUCACAACAACAAUAGUUCUCACAAGUGCAGCAGUUAAUCCUAUCCUUUAUUGUUGGAAGCUAAGGGCACUCAGGAGAGCAGUAGUGAAGAAUGUAAAGAAACUAUUCUACUUGAGCUCCGACAAGAUAUAA